AUGCCUCCCCGCGAGAUCCCCGGCUUCUACUACGACGAGGCCAAGGGCAAAUAUUUCAAAAUAGAAAGCCGAGCCACAGCGCCCGUUAACGCCCCCUGGUCCUCCGACAACGUCAAAAAACUUAAACGCAAAGAGAAAGCCGAACGGAAACGGCGAAAUGCCGAGGCGCGGGCGCGAGUCACGUCGGCGGGGAAGGUCAAGCCGGCUAGGAUUACGCGGAGAGGGGGUGGGGUCUUCGGGAAGCAGAGCCUGGCCGGGACGGUGCUGAGGGUUGAGUGCUCGGGGAGGAAAGGCGUGGUCGAGGAGGGUGAUGUGAGGGCUUGGGUGUACGGUAGUGGGUUGAGGGGGAUGGGGGAAGCGGGACUGGGAGGGGCGAGGGUUGGUUGGGGAGGGGAUUUGGUGGGGAGUUUUGCGGUGGAUUGGGGGGAUGGGGAUGGAUUGCCGGGGAUUUAUGCUGGACAACUGGUGGAUCAGGGCAGGAUGAUGAUGUGUGGGCAGUAUAUACCGACAGAUGAGACUGGCCUAGUAUGUUGGGAUUCUUCAAGAAACGGCGGCUGGCUCAUCCCUCCGGGUGGAAUCCGAUCCCUCAUCGUCCCUGAAUUCGCCUCCAUUGGCUACAAUCCCACACACCAAGUCAUCUUCAUGGCCGGCCUAUCCAACCCCGCAGCCUUCAUGUCGUUCACCUGGUUAAAACCCAUCUCCUACCCCGGCGACCGUUUUCUAAGAGGCAUACGUCGAGUCACCGGAGCAUGCCUCGCAAGACUUCCGCAAGGAACGCCUCCGAACCACCUCUCCUCCCACACAGCCUCCCCCGCCCUCCCCCAACACCCCAACCUCUUCUGCUUCGCCGGCACAAACGCCGGCGUCCUCGCCCUCCACUCAACGGGCGACACAUCCUGGGUCCACCCCACCCGCUCCUCCGGCGACAUCUUCACCACGGACUGCCACCCGUCCGACCCCAGCCUCCUCCUAGCGGCCGGCAGACGCGGUAUAGUAACACUAGCCGACAUGCGCGUCGGCCCCGCCACGCACGCCCCGCCGCCGAGUUUCUCCCACGGAAGCCCCGUGACGCAUUUACGCAUCGCGCCCGACGGGAACCCCUAUCGUAUCGUGGUCGCCGGGUUGAGGAGUAAAAUGGCGAUAUACGACCGGCGGUGGAUGGGUCGCUAUCCUCGGACCGAGGCGCUGCCGUAUCUUCCGUUUCCGGCGUAUAAGAAUGAGGUUCGGUUGAGGAUCGGAUGGGACGUCGAUCCUGGGGGCGAUGGUGGGGGAGCAGGGGUCAUUGUCGCCGCGCAUGACGAUGGACAGGUCGGUGUGUAUUCGGCCGCUUCGGGGCGGAGGGUCGGAUUUCUUCCUUUGGGGGCCGGGGAGAGGGAGCCUGUGAGGUGUUUGAGGGUUGGGAGGGUGAGGGGGGAGGAGAUGCCCAGUGUGCUUGUUGGGGCAGGAGGAGGGGUUUUGAAGUUUUCUUGCGGUGCGGGUGAGGGUGAAGAGUAA